AUGGCCUCCUACGCUCCUUCCGUUCUCUUCGCCCUCCUUUCUGCCACCACCGCUGCUGCCCAGGGCCUCACCUGGGCCCCCACCCCCCUCGUCGACCAGCACUACCCCACGCCCUCCGAUGCUCCCCCCAAGGUCUGGCCUGAUACCCCCGCUUACGAGCGUGGCCCCCAGACCGGCUACAACCAGUGCAACAGCACCACCGAGGGUCAGGACUCGCUCUGCCAGACCAUGUACUUCAACGGUCUCGAUGACUUCUGCCUCUGGGCUCCGCCCCAGCCCAACACUACCAUCGCCGACGCCGAAGGCGAGGUCGUCGCUUGGUGCACCAAGAAGGGUUACGGUACCCGCAUCAUGACCGAGGGCACCAUCAAGGGCGCCCAGCUUCUCAAGUCUAACGACUACUGGAUGCUCACCGGUCUCAUCGACCAGACGAAGCUCUACAUCCAGGAUGGUGACUACGGAGGAGAGCUUGACUCCGGUUCUCAGGAUGGCCGUGGUAACCCUAUUGGCGGUCUCGUCUACUCGACAGCCUUCAACACCUCCGUGUACCAGGUCAACUGGUGGACUGAGUUCAUCGGCAACAACCAGUUCUGCAUCAAGAUUUGCAACCCCGACAGCCCCAACCAGUCCGGUUACUGCCAGCACACGCUCGACCGUAUCGGUCUUGGCUACAACUGCCCGUCUAAGUACACUGUCGGCGGUGGUUACCAGGAGGGCGAGUUCGAGGUUUGCGACACGCAGAACAUGGCCAUCGUCGGCGAGUACACCGAUGCUUCGGGUGCCACUCAGUCCUACGCGCAGCCGCCCGAGUCGCUUGGUCCCAUCACUACGGUCCCCUACCAGCCUACUACGGUCGCUUCCUCCAACUGCCAGCAGACUGCUUCUUCGGUGCUUUUCUCGCAGCUCCUCGCUGGCAGCGGUACCACCUCGGGCGCGGCUCCUACUGGCUCUGCCGGUGCCUCGGGAUCGCAGACCGGCACUGCCUCUGGCUCCAAGGUGACUGGCUCGACCGCCUCUGGCUCCAAGUCGAGCACUGGCGCGUCUCCGUCUGCGACGGGUAACGGCGCGUCGCCGCUUGCAGCCGGUUCGGCCAUCUCCGCUGUCGUUGGUGCCCUCGCGCUCGCGGCCUUCCUUUGA